CCAUCCAUCCUUCAGUCCUCCCAGACUUGAAGUGGGCCAGCAGACAAACUGAUCUGACUGUUAUUCAUCUAAUGAAGCUUUUUUCCUGCUCCUGCUCCAAUCAAGAUGCAGUGCAGCUGUAGCUCUUCAGUGGGACACCUUUCAGCGCCCUACUGGAGCAGAACAGUGCUGUUCCCCGACUGGGCCUACAAACCGGCCUGGUCGCCCGGCUCCAGACAGGUGCAGCUGUGGCACUUCCUGCUGGAGCUGCUGGGGCGGGGCGAGGGCGGGGCCAUCGGCUGGGGAGGGGAGUGGGGCGAGUUUGUCAUCCGGGACCCCGAGAGGCUGGCCAGGCUGUGGGGGGAGAGGAAGGGCAAACCUCACAUGAACUACGACAAACUCAGCCGGGCGCUCAGAUACUACUACAACAAACGCAUCCUGCACAAGACCAAAGGGAAAAGAUUCACCUACAAGUUCAACUUCAGCAAACUCAUCCUGGUCAACUAUCCAGGACACCCGGCACCGCCCGGCCAUCAGCUGCUACAGAGCGGCCCUGUUCCCUUGCCCCUCCUCCCUGCUGAGAGUGGUCUUCCUCUGUGUGGAGGAGCAGGGUCAGUGAUGGACAGAGCGGUCCAGGCUGUUCCUUAUCCCUUCCUGCUCCCGUGCUGCCUCCCUAAGCCCAUCCCGACGCCCCGCGCCCUCCACGGCCACUUCCCCUUCAUCUCCGCCCCUGGCCGUCCGGGGGUCAACCUGAGGGAGCUCCCGCCUCUCGCCUCGGGCCUCCACGCCAGCGCCGACGGCUGGCCCCACAAGGGCCCCGCAGGGUGGGAUCUGAACCACAUCGGUCGAGGCCUGCUGCUUGGUGGAGUGAAGCAGACUGAAAGACAAGGAGAGGAGAGGAGAGCGGGGAGUGACGCACAGAUGGGGGAGAGAGAGUGAAGAAAGGGGCAACAAACUACAGCAGAUGGACUGCUUUACCCCUCUUCAAAUAUCCACUCUUUUAGCUCAUUGUAUAGUUUAUUAUUCCCUGCCUGUGAUACACAGACUUUGUAUUUAUUGAGUUGGACCAUGAUGUGUGUAUUAUUAUUUUUUUUUUAUAGAAAUAACUCAAAGGAUGCUGCUUUUUUCUUCUGUCAGCACUUCACGCCACAGUCGGGGGAAUUGCACUUGUAAACAAUUAACAACAUGGCACUUGUGUUUUGAGUAAAUAAAGCAGU